CAUUUUCACAGCAUAUAGGCCUAUAGCUUUCAUUUUUUAAACAGUUGAAGGCGUAAGUAGGGCUUUAAACUAUAGUUAAGUGUAGCUGUUAGAUUAGCAUAUGAUUAGGGUAUUUGUGGACACAAUACCAAACACACAGACAUGCUCACACAAAAGCACACAGCAGCUGACGCCUGUACGUUCACGAGUGGCUAAUGAUGUUGCGUUCAGGACCGCGGGGUUUCACGGGAAUUACUCUGCUUCAAUGGGUUUAACCAUGAGCCUCUAACCCGUGACGGUCAUGAGGGUUUUCUGCCCCUCUCUGCUCGCCGGCAGACUGAGGAAAGGUAUUUGAGGAUUGAAGUAACACAGAGCUCUAAGGACCCAGCCUAUGUGAGAAGGCAUCCCAACCAGAGGAACUGUAUUCUUCAAUCUAAUUAUCUAAUUUGCUUCAUGCGGUGUAAUCAUACACACGGGAUGCCUCGUGGAGACUUCAACAUUUAUUUUGCCAGCAGCAGACGAGGAGAACAUGUCAGAGCUGAGGAGGCAGUGGGCAUCGUUCUGCUGGUGGUCAUCAUUGCAGCUCUCCUCAUCCUGGGCUGCUGGUACUUUAAGAAAAGAAGUGGAUACAAAAUCAUCAGGACCCCUAGAUCGGGGUCACCAGGAUUCACAGGAGUUCAAUUCUCAGAGGCAGGACCUUCUGCAGAAAACAAGAUGGCUCUAACAAACUUUGGCAGCUUCCAACCUCCGAUUCCUAAUGCUCCUCCAGCCUAUGAAAAGGUUUCUUCAGUGCCGCUGCCUCCACCCUAUACCCCCUGAAGGACUUCUGCAGAAGACUGACAAAUAUCGGAAGAUGGAAAAAUACUGGAGAACAAACUCUUAAAUUUCAUCUAUUGUCUGAUGGUAUAUAAUCUGAUGCCACUUUCAUUAUGGUUUCCUAUGCUUUGUAGCUAAAUAUACCAAUAACAGAAAGUAUUGUAUCCCUCACUUUGUAAAAUUAUUCAAAUGAAUGAGCACAAUGUAUAUAUAGUAGGAUGUUUCACUAAGCAAUAAAACAUGAUUUCACUGGA